AGCAGCGAGACGACCAAGACAAGCAAAGCAGCCGUGUAGUCCUAGUGCGUCCAUUUCCUAUAGCCUGGCUCACUUCGGCAGAGUUCCUGUGAUUCACAUUAUCAACCAUGUUCUGAAACACUUCUGCGCCGCAUCUUCAUUACAUUCAAAAGGCUAUUGUUGAAGUUGCACGGGCUUUUAAGUGUGUUCUUAUGAUUCUAGCGACAGAUUAGCAAGAUUUUUAUAGUAUUAAGAGGAGAAACAGUCUUGAGAACCCGGAUAAUAAUUUCUGUGGCCUUUGAAAUUAAUCGUGGUGAAAGAACGAAGCGUUUCCAAAUGCAAGCGUAACUCUGAAUGCUAUGGCUUCUUUCUCUCUUAGACACUGACUUUGUUCUCUCAUCAGCAUUGUUUUUCAAAGCCAAAGAGAGGAUUGAUUGCAUAAUUAUGAGUGUUUCUACUGUUGUUGAAGAAUGCUUGUUAAAUUUGCACAAGAAACAUGAAUACAUCCUUGAAAGCCACAGUAACUUCCACUAAGGAGUGUUAAAAGUUAUAGAAGUGUUGUGCUAAUCUUCCCUUGCCUCUUGCCUGUCAGCUUCCGAUAACGAUUAUGAGUGAAAAACAAAACUAUGCAAUAAGAAAAGUGACGGAAAAAAUAAAAGGGAAGGAGCAAGAGAGAGAGAUCUAAAAAGGAAAUUAAGGGAUUAUAAGUGAAAUUUGGAAAAAGACGUAAUCAUACAACAAAGAAAAAUGAAGGAAGAAAGGAAGAAUAAGAGGGAAAAUAAAAAAAAGAAAGAAGUGUGAGUGUUGUGUAUGAAAAGUAAAAUCGUGCAACAAAAAAGUGACAAGAAGAAAGAAAAGAAGAAAAGAGAUCAACAAAAUAAAGUAAAGGAUUAUAAGAGUAGUGUAGGGAAAGAAAAAUCGUACAAUAAAAAAAGUUAAGGAAGAAAAAUAGAAUAAAGUAAUACAUUGUAAAUGAAUUGAAAAAAAAAAAAAAUCGAAAAUCGCACAAAGAAGAAAGUGAAGCAAGUAAGAGAAGGAGAACAAGAGGAAACAACUAAGAAAUGAAUUAAAGAAAAUAAAUAAAAAUAUAUAUCAUGCAACAGAAAAUGAAGCUAAACCAACAUAACGGAAGAGAAAGAGGGAAGAGGUAACAAGCGACAAAAGCUGUAGAGGUCACGUGAAGAUCAGCCAGGAGGGAAGAGCGAGGCGACGGUCCUUUGUGAUCAAGACGAGACUCCGGUGUUGUCGAACUAUUGGCACACGUGUAGGACCACUCAUCGACCAGUCAGCCUUGGCAGCGGCGAGAGAGGGAGGGAUGGACGGAGAGUGAAGAAUGUUCGACGGGUGUCCGCUGUCCAAGAUCAAGACCAGUGACAUGAGAGCUGCUGCUAAGAUCCUGCUGUCACGUCACCACACCACAGGGCAUCACCUCGCAUCACUACAACCUUUCAAGACUGUACCAAGCUUGCAUCCCACACUCGGGUCCCUCACCGACAGGACAUACGGUCUUCCUUCGUCAGCGGCAGCCCCAGCAGCUCAGCAUGACCAAGUUGAUGGAAUGGCUAACAGCUGCAGUGCUCAUCCUAGGGCCAUGGUCAGCAGUAGUCACCAACACGGAACUGAACCCUAGCAAGACACUCAAGACACAUCUGAGAAAUAACCAUCAAAGCCUGAGAGAAUUUUGGCCAGCCUUGACCAUCCUAUCACACUACUACCUCUUAAGCUCCUUACUAGCAACAGAACAUUAAAUAAAAGGGUGGCAACAAAAAGAAAAACAGAACAAAGGCUACUGAGAAUAAAUCCCACCCACAUACCUGCAGCACCUCCAGACCACAGUAGGAGUCCCAGACACACCGGUGGUGGCAGCACAGGGCCAGCACCACCCCUGCCACCUCCGUACCAGGGUGCUGGCACAGACAACGCAGGGCCAGAUCUGACAGGGAGGUUGGGAGUCUUUAUAAUACUUAACAUGUAAUAUUUAUUAAUCUCUGAAUGCUGUAAAUCAUAUCACUUCUGAAAAAACUUUCAUGUUUGUACAUCUUGAAUUAAAAAAAAAAAUCAAACAAAAAAAAUUUAUACACAUGUUUAAAAGAAGGACUAUUCAAGAAUUCAUAAAUUCAAUUUGAUACAAAAUACUGCUUUUGAUUAAUGGCAAAGAUGAUGUGUCAUCAGAUGUUUGCAGUAUGACAAGGAUUGGUGAGGACUUUGAAAGUGUACAUAUUAGGUCUGUUGUAUUUAGCAAGUGUAAUAAACUGUAUAGUGGUG